UGCUCCUGCGAUAGCAAAGAGAUGGGAUGUUUAUUUUAUCUCCACACUGCUUCGCUAAAACUGCAGCAACACUUGUUCACUUAGCUGAGGAGCCAUCAUCAUCACCACCAUCAUCAUGUUUACCUGAACGCGGAUAACGGGGCGGACAAAUGGCCUAAAAAUAAACACAAAUAACACCUGCGGCUGUCGAGCGUUGACGGAACAGGAUCAUCUGACCGUUUUCUAAAGGCUCUGUGUGUCGUGAGGAGCCAGGAAAACCGCUUCAAAUGUCAACUUGUGCAGUGACAAACUUUAACAAUGGCUUGGAGGCCAGUUCAGACUCUGAUGAUGAGGACAAGCUACACAUUGUGGAGGAGGACAGCCUGCAGGAGCCUGAUGCCACUGAUGCUGAUGGGACCGCACCGCUGGACAGCCAUGAUGCCACCAUAACAGUAUUACCCCACAACGGCGCCUGGAAUGGAGUGAAGGAGGAGUGUGUGUCAGAAGAGGAAGAGGAGGAGGUGAAGGAUGCUCUAGUAGAGGAGAUUCUCCAGCAGGGUGACACAACCAUCAUUUAUCCUGAAGCCCCCGAGGAUGAGCAGAGUCCGACGGAGACAGGAGGCGCAGAUGAAAACGGCACGCCUGACUCCUUCUCCCAGUUGCACACUUGCCCAUACUGUUCCCGGGGUUACAAACGCAACGCUUCGCUGAAGGAACACAUUAAAUAUCGCCACGAAACCAGCGAGGACAACUACAGCUGCUCGCACUGCAGCUACACCUUCACCUACCGCUCCCAGCUGGAGAGGCACAUGAGCCACCACCGGAACAACAGGGAACAGCAUCACGUAUCCCAGGCAACAGGAGGAUCAGGAGGAACAGGUGGAACCCGCAAGUUCAAGUGUAACGAGUGUUCCAAGGCCUUCAAAUACAAACACCACCUGAAAGAACACCUGCGCAUUCACAGUGGUGAGAAACCAUAUGAAUGUUCAAACUGCAAGAAACGAUUCUCGCACUCGGGCUCCUACAGCUCCCACAUCAGUAGCAAGAAAUGUGUUGGUGCAUCACCCCCCAACGGUGUUACUCGAGUGGCAAUUAAAUCUCCCUCCCCAACCACGCAGACCAGACCUGUAGCAAUCGCUCCAGCCCGCAUGAUUCUUAAAGAGAAGACUGAGAGCAAACCCCUCCAGGAGCAGCUGCCAGUCACCCAAAUUAAAUCAGAACCUGUGGAAUACGAGUGCAAGCCUGUAAUGGCGGCAGCAGCGACUUCAGCUGGUAGUAACGGAGUGGUGAAUGGAGGGACGGCGCAGCCUGCUGCAACCCCCGCUGCAACCCCAGCUGCAACCCCAGCUGCAACCUUGCCUCAGGGCGUGGCGAUGGUUGUACCUACAGUCGGCCUGAUGUCGCCCGUCAGUAUCAAUCUAAACGACUUACAGAAUGUGCUCAAGGUGGCGAUGGACGGAAAUGUGCUAAGGCAGGUGUUGGGUUCAGCCAACGGGGUGGUGACCCAGGGAAAGCAGGGAAUCGUAGUCCAGCAGCCGCAGCAGCAGAUCAUCAGUCUGCCCGCCUUUGUGGAUCACGAUGGUACCACAAAGAUCAUCAUCAAUUACAGCAUCAGCCCCGCUAGCAGCACCACUGCCUCUACCCAGCCAACUCCACUCAUUGUCAAAAAUAACCCUUCCCCUCCUACGGCUGCUUCAGCAACUUCCCCAACACCGCCUGAUAAACCCCAAACCCCAGAAGUGACUGACCUCACUAUUGUCAAGACAGGGACACAGUCAGAGCCAAUGAAAGACAAGGAGGCAGAGGCAACAACGGAGGAAGGGUCAGCAUCUGUGAACAUGUCAGAAUCAGCUCAGAUGCCAAAAUCCAGUAGCACCAGUACAUGUUUACUAUGUGACGACUGUCCUGAUAACCUGGAGGCGCUGCACCUCCUCCAACAUCGCAAAGCAGCCAACGGCGAGGCUGUGGACUCUGCUGCUCUGGACCCAUCAUUUGCUGCUCUGCUUAGUGAAGCGGGGGUGACGCUGGAGGAGCCGCCCGUGGACGACCUCCUCACGCUCCUCAAGACCUACUUUGCAUCCAAUGCAAACCCCAGUGAGGAGGAGCUGACAAAGAUCUCAGAGUCAGUCAGCAUUCCAGUGGACGUGGUUAAAAAGUGGUUUGUCAAGAUGAACUCGGGGAAAAAAGUGGACAAAUGCCAUGGUGAUUCUACAGAACCUUCUAAAAAGACUGAAACAUCAAAUUCCAGCUCAGAGGACACCUCAAACCAGAAUGAUGAAGAGGAGGACACCAACCAGGAAGUCUGCAACAAAGCCCUGUCAGAGUCUGGUUGCGCCUCUCCAUCAGACUCACUCGAUGGAGAUCUUGUUAUAGUUAAAAGUGAGCCUGAGGACUCAGAGGUCUCGGACUCCCAAGCAGAACCUCUGGAUCUCUCUCUUCCUAAACAGAUCACGGCAGCAUUGGAAAACAAAACGACCACACCUCCCAGCAAGCAGCAGGAGCAGCCUCUGAACCUGACCUGCCUAAGGAAGGAGCAGCUUGAGGGCCGAACCAUCUACGUCACCACACCUCAGACCGGAAGACCUGUUAACAUCGUCACUGCCACACAGCUGCCAACGUUAGUGGCCAUCGCUGGUCAGGGUACAGUCAGCUGCCUCAGUGCCAUAAACACCACAACAAAACGCACCAUCCUCAUCCCCCAGCUCACCUACACCUAUGCCACUACAGCUGGUAACACCACUGGAGCCAAGACUGUUGUCCUUAAUGGCCAUAAGGAGAAGCAUUCAGAGAGCAGCUCUGAUGGUGUGUCCACCUUGGAGGAGCAGAACGAAGCAAAGAAGCGGCGACUGGAAAAUGGCGUCUACCCCUGUGAUCUUUGCUCCAAGGUCUUCCAAAAGGGCAGCUCGCUGCUCCGACACAAAUACGAACACACAGGAAAACGGCCCCACGAAUGCACCAUCUGCAAUAAGGCUUUCAAACACAAACACCACCUGAUCGAACACUCACGGCUGCACUCUGGUGAGAAACCCUACCAGUGUGACAAGUGCGGGAAACGCUUCUCUCAUUCGGGCUCCUACUCCCAGCACAUGAACCACCGCUACUCCUACUGCAAGAAGGACGGCUCGAACACGGGCUCCAUUUUGGGCCCUAGGAGGGUUCACUUGGAUCUCGGUAGCCCUGGCACCGGGCCACAAUCAGAGAGCCGGACCACUACCCCGCCCUCCCAAAUGGACUCGGACGAGAGGGAGAGCGAGAUAGAUGAUGAUGAUGAGGAAGCUAUGUGCGUGGAUGACAUUCGAGUGGUCCAGGUGGACGAUGGUGAGUGCGAGAUCUAUGAGGGUAACUUUGAUGACGACGAAGAGGAUGGAGAGCUGUUGGCAGAGGAAGAGGCGGUAGAAGAGGAAGAGGCAGAGCAAGAGAGGUCAGAGGAUGAGUUUGCUUGUGAUGUAGUUGAAGUGGAGCUGGGGGAUGAUCACACGUUGGAGGAAAGAACCGAAGAAAAGGAGGAAUCGACAAGUGCGGAUGCGGAGAAAAUGGAAGACUGUGAAGCAGAUCCAGACAAAAGCAUCAGGGCGGGUUCAGGCAGCACUGAACCGUCAGAGGAAGUGGAGACAAAUAAAUAAAUAGAGGAUUUCUUCGAGACAGUCCAUACAGUCAUCGGUGUUACUUUAGACUAAACCAAUUCAGAAGCAAAGUAUCGGAAGUUGCCUCAUUUUAACGGUCCACUACUGUGUACAAAAACCCAGGUGUGCCUGAACUUAACAUAGAAAAACAAGACAGAGACUUUAUUUGUGAAAAUGAAAUAUCAGUGUUUAAACUUGUUUAUAGAAGUACAGAUUUUGAAGUAGAACCUACCCAUCAACUUGUUAAGACUUGUUACUGAGACAUCCCAGGUCAUUUUGUUUCCUUUCAUUCAGCCAGUCAGUGUUACUAAUCUUGUUCUUUGAAAACAUUUUAACCUGUAAAGAUGAGAAAGAUUUCUAUACCUUUUUAUUGCCAAUGAAGUUUCCUAAAUCAGUAUUUUAUUGAGUUCUACGAACAAAAGCCUCUGCACUACAGUAUUCCUGAUUUACCUAUGGAUACAUGCCUCAUGCAUUGUAUGCCCUUCAGUGUUAUAUAUGUACACUAGCUAGCAAGAUAUUAUUUGUGUUAGUAUUAGUCUUUGCUAGCUAGUACUACUUUUGUUUUCAUUUUGACUGUUAGCCUUAAAGAAAACAAAGUAUUCCUGGGGAGGAUUGUGGGCGGGAUGGGGAGUCGGGGAUGAGAAUGCGGCUUCUUAACGCCAUAACCAAAUUUGUCCUAUCAGGGAAGGAAGAAUUACAACCUCAAAGCCAGCAUCAGGUGCCUUUGUUUUGCAACCCAGCACAGCUUGAAUGGGUGGCGUCUCCAGAGCAGACUCCCACCUCCAGGCUUAGCUUUGGCUCCAAAACAGACGCGCUUAAUCUUACAAAGCUUCUCCUUCUUUAGGUUGACUUUAGUUUUCAGUCAGUGUUUCAGUAUUAUUAGCUUAUUUAUGAAGUCAUACUGUAUGUGAAGGAUCGGGGCUGUUCCCUGCUCCACCCCAAUGCCUCCAGCCUUAUGCAAGACCUGUGUGCUGUUAAAAGUGCCAUUGAACAGUGUUAUUAUUUCUUUUGACACAUGUAGCCAGUAUUAUGUCCCGCUGUUACUUACACAGGACCCAUGUUGACUAAUGUUUGUUAACUUGCACAGAACAGCAACUUUGUCACAACCAAAAAGUACUUCCUGUUAAAUCCACUGAGUCCGGGGCCUUUUAGAAAUUGGAGGACACAGGCUCAAACUAAACAUUUUAUAAUCAACAUGUAGACUAUUUCUUUUUAUAUGAUUCUUUCCCAGAACCCGCUGUGGCGUUGUUCUUUUUUUUAUUUUUUUAUUUUGCUUUAUUAGUGAAACUGU